AUGCUUUUUCAAGCAAAGCUGAGACCAGCAGUCAGAACAAAGCGGCACGGUGUGCUUGAGAAGGGUGUUGACUUCCAUCGUGACUACACGACUGUGCACAUUGCUCGAAACCUCACUGAGGUCCUGGACUCCUGGCAAACCUCCGUGGCUACUCCUAAUUAUGUGGAUUGUUCUGAAUUUGGAACCAGUUCUACCCCUUGGCGACGUUGCUGUGAGAGUGAAGAGCUGCCAAAAGGCUGCGAAUGUUUCGACAUUACAUUCAACGACUUCAAAAACACGGGUUUACAAAGGCCACAAUGCCCUGAGGACCUGGGUCUCACCUUUUGGCUCUACCAAGAACUAGAGAGUACGGGAACACAGAUCAAGGUUGGGGAUUUGUCGACUUUCGACCCCUCGCUUCAGACUCGAGUUUUGGGGCAUGGCUUCCUGGAGUCAAAGGAAAGCUGGGGGUUGAAGCUGAAAGAUGCGCUUUUGAAUCAAGAGAGGAUGAACGUGAUCGCUGUUGACUAUGAAGACGCCGUGGACAACUACGAGUACCUCCAGGCGGCCGCAAACAGCAGGUCAGUGGGUGCCAUGAUAGGACGUCUGCUCCAGGACCUUCAUGAAAGUGCGGGAUCCACACCCGAUAAAUUCCAUUUGAUCGGACACAGCCUCGGAUCUCACGUCAUGGGUUAUGCCGGUGUGGAGUUUCGGCGCUUGACUGGUGCCAAUGUUGGAAGAAUUACUGGCUUGGAUCCUGCCGGAUUGGCUUUCUGGCAGUUCAAGGACACCGUGUAUUUGGACAAGGCUGACGGCGAUUUUGUCGACAUUAUACACACUAAUGCCGCACCUGUCAUUCAGGGAGGAUUCGGAUUCCCCAAGUCAGCCGGCAGUGCAGACUUCUACGUGAACGGAGGAGAAGACCAGCCAGAAUGUCCCCCUAGCCCCCUGAACCUCUUGUAUGUUGUCGAUCUAGCGGAGUUUUUCUGCAGCCACCGUCGUUCUGUGACAUUAUUCAUCAACUCUGUGAAUGACUGCCAGUUCCAGAUAGAUGACACCCUUUGUGCUGUGGGCUGUUUGAUGGGAUUCGAUGCAGGGCCCGUGUGUGAAGGCGAUCUGCAAGUGACCACUACAGGACAGGAACCUUACUGCGUCAAUACGCUAAUGUAG